AUGGCUGAAGAUACACCAAAGAAGAAGUCGUUGUCCACAAGGAGGUUCAAGAGCUUCAGGGAUAUAAACCGAGAGCUACGCGCAAAGCUAUCCAAUAUUAACAACUCGCUACUAGCUGGACCAAUCAAGGAGAGAAGAUCGCAUUCAGAUGCGAGCCUCAGCUCCACGCGAAAACCUAUUUCGUUAGCAAAAGCUGCCCCAAAACAAGUAAUUACCACUGCCAGACAUCCGCAGUUACCUCAGAAGUCUGAUACAAUAGCAGUGCAAGAUCAAAGAAAGGAAGGCAUUCCACAUUCCCCAAGAAAGUCGAACAUUCCGAAAAAAUCACCUUUAUCAACGUCAACAAUAACACCUCAAGAGAUAGAUCAGGAAGAAGAUCGCUCAGAUUUGUCACUCUCAUCGAAGGAGGUCAAGAGCGGUGAACUUGAAGUUCGCAAACCAAAGAUAAAGAAGAUUUACACCGAAGAUCAGCUAAGAAAAAUGAUCAACAAGUUGUACAAACAGACUAAGGACAUACGAGCAAAAGACCCAGAAGUUGAAAAGUUGCUACAGGAAACAAGGGAAUCAAUACAGGCUAUAGAGACACUAGAAAAACUGUUUCAACGCAUUCAUGAUGAAUCCAAAGCUCGCACAAAGAGAUUGGUGGAUGAAUUCGAGAAGCUGAAGAGCGUGAAACAACAGCACGGACGAGAUCUGGACGCUCAGAUAGCCCAACAAGUCAGAACUGAGGUUGAUACCAAGAAAGAAUUAUGCGAUAUGCUCAAUGAUGCUACUAUGAAAAUGAUCAUGGCUAAGUCUGGAAAGAAAAAAGAUCCAGUACCACAACGCUCCUUUUUCGUCAAUAUGAUGAGAAGCGCGAUUGGAUUAUAG